UUUUUUUUUAAUCACUCCACUAGUGCUGGGAUACUCAUUACCCUCCUCCUUGCCUCCCCAGCUCUAGAAGUGCAUGCAAACAACAAAGAGGGGGGGAGGAAAAACCCCAAAGCCUCAGCAGUAAGUUGGCUGAUGCUGGCAGCAAGACAAAUCUGGCACCACACAGCAGGCAGGCAGAGAGUGCACUGCUCAUCCUUUCGGUUUGCCGUGUGUGGGAAUGCUGGACACCAACACCCAGCGAGGGAUCCGGCCAACAGCUGCUCUCCUCGGCGCCUGAACCCUGCUGCUCUGUGCCCGGGUGGGAGAUACAGAUGUCAGAGGACAAGACAGACAAGGUAAAAAUCAAAGCAGCUGAAAGUUUUGAACAUGAAAAGCAGAAUAUUUCUUGGCUGAAAAAAGACCGUCGCACGAGUUCCCUGCCUCUACUGGCCCUCCCUGGGGUGAUGCCGAGCAGUGAGGACCAUCCAGAUAACCAGCUUACAAAUGAAAAACAUACAGACGAAAAGCCUAUGAAAGGUAUUGUUAUGAGUUCUGUCGCAGAAUUCAGCAUCACAGACGCUUCAUCAAAGGGUACCAAAAAUGAGAAGAAAUUGUCAGAUGCAAGCAGAUCAUCCAUUGCUUCCCUGGAGAAAUGCAGAGAAUUCACUUACAUUGAAGAUGAUGCAUCAGUACAUCAGAGAGACAGCGACGAUGAAUGCGCAACACUUAUCCUGGCCUGCUUGUUCUGCCAAUUUUGGGACUUUCUUAUAAUGCUGCCUGAUACCUGUGAACAUUGGCUGACAGAUACCUGUUGUCCAUCCAAUAGAUAUUACCAGACCUCUGACGAAGACCACGGCAACAACGACUGCAACUGUGACUGUGACAUUGAUUGCAGCCUCCUGGAGUCCUGCCACGAGACCGGGGAGUGCCUGGAACUCGCCAUGGAGAUUUCUGAAGUCUGCUACCGCUAAUAGGGAAAUAACUGACAAAAUUCCUCAAAACUACCUGACACAUUACAAAGGAGAUUUUUUUCUUUUAAAUAUUAAUCAUAGCCAGAGGUUUUGUCAAUGAGGACUAUGUGCAUCUUGUUGCUCCCUCCUUGGAGGUCUCUAUAUCUGUACCGUUCUGGUGGCAUGAUAUCACAAACUGCUGAAACCAAUAAAGGACAAAAAGGGGUCUUCUCUGCCAUAGAUGACAACAGAAUUCCUAAGUGCCAAGUGUGCUCGCUGCUUUACCCACUGUCAAUCCAAGCUUUUAUAAACCUUUAAUUGCUUUAAACACUGAUUUUGCCAUUCAUAAACACAGAACAAAUUAGGACAUUAUUUUAGCACUGAUAUAUAUAUUAGUUCAUCUUCCUAAUGGAUUCAUACCUAAACAUGUAUUACACAUUGUUGGUUAUUAUAAAUAAUGUAUGAUAUAUAAUCAUUUUAUAAUUAAAAAUUUAUUUAUUCAAUCUCUUAAAACACUCUUAUAUGCCCAGUAUAGGUAGAAAAAAAAUUUUUAAUGAAUUAGAAACCAUACUACUGGUAAUUACAGCAAAUGUCAUUUAAAAUCUCCAGUGAUUUUUGUGGAGGAAGCAUUUUCACAGGGUAUUUCAAUUUGACAGUGUAUUAAUGUGCUGGCCCAUGGUUAUGUAAUAAGAACUAUUGUUCAUUAGUUAUAGGAAAGGGCUUCUUAAUGUAAUUAACCUAAAUGGGAAUUGACUGCACACUUCCAGAGGAAAAUUACCCCAUAGAUAUCCAGUAAUUCCUUUGCUUGAUUUUCAUUUGUAAGACUUCUGCAAGAAACAGAAUAUUGCCUCCUAUUCUAGUGCAAACAGGCAUCUCCACCUGUGCACAAAAGAUUACAAUAUGACAGUAUCCAUCCUGGUUGGGCUUAAACUCCCUUUAUCUCUUUUCUGAUGGCAGGUCUGAUUAAUAAAAAGGAAAUACAUGUUGCACAUUACACAUAUGACAAGAAAAGCAUGUAAAUUCAGUUGCCUGAGCGUGCAGAACACAGGUAUUAAGCACAGAGGAAAGUACAAAAUUGCUUGCUCAUAUUAGGUAUUUAUAGACUAACACCAAAGCCAGUGUUUUCUUUAUAUAAGCACUAAAAUAUCUCCCAAAAUCCCCAGUGAUCUCAGUGCAGAAGAGCCUGUGGAAUCCCAAACAAGGAUCUUUGGCAAGAUACUGGAUUAUUAGGUAUUUCUAAAAUCAUUGAAGCCACUUGUUUAUUAAUCAGAGCAGACCUGGUGCACAAACAUUUAUUGGGGUAAAACAGCCAUGUGUAUAUCAUUUCCUUAUCCCCCUUCUGGAAAACUCAUGCUUUCAAAAAAUCAGAAAGCAAGAAGUAGAACCACUAACAACCUUUUUCCAAGCAUCUUACAAAGCCUAGUGACCAGAAGACAACAAACCUCAGCAAUGCAGCGAGCAGCCCAGAACAACUCAUUUCUCUGCUCUUUCCAGGACGUUGGUGGGGAAGAGAAGAGAUUUGCUUAUCUUCCACUGUCACAUUGUGAGCUGUAGUCACCUAAAGGAGCUAAAUCAUUAGUCCUUCAUCACCACAUCAGUCCCAGCCUGCUGGCUGGGUCUGGACCCAAACCCCACAGCACAACUCACUGCCUUUCAGGAGGUACUGCUUUGGGUCACCCACCCCAGGAUGGGGUCACCCACCCAGGAUGCUUCAAUUUGCAUUCUCCCACAGAAUUUUGAUCUUAAAUCUUCCAAAGCUAAGCUAAACUCUCACUGCUACAGACCAGACCACAGAGGCUUGGAUCAUUCUAUGCUCUGUACCACUGUGGUAUCCUUUGUAUCCUUUUUACAAAGUGGCAUGUGGGUGUUUAUGAAUAAAAACUCUGACCCAAGGUAUUUAGGAGUCAGAAAAGAGGGACACUUGUUCCACAUACCAUUUCCUAGAGAAGCACCAAUAAAAAUGUACAUUGUCAUCCUUGCUCUUGAUGCCAACCUCCAGAAUGGGAGAUUUCAUGUGUAAUGGCUGGACAGAGCCCAAGAGGGGAAACCAGCUGUUGGCAUACCCCAAAACAUUGUCAGUGAGGGAAUCAGAGAUGGAGACUUUGCCUUUCAAGCCAGGAUGUCUUGUACCAGUUCUGAGUCUGCAAGAAAAAACACAAUGACCAUACCAGUAUAACUCAUGGCAAGUGAACUCAUUCAGCUGUGGAACUGGACUGGGAGCUUUUGGCACAAAUGUGGAAUUUCUCCAACUCUUUUCCUAAGAAUCAUUAUUCAAAAGAUUUUUUUUUUUUUUUUUGUGUUGUAAUCCAUAGGUUUGAUUGCCAUGACAUGAUUGGGCAGGAUGUCCCAGCAAUAUGAAUGGAAUCACACUGGGAUGUAUUGAGAGCUGCUGUGGGUGGUGUUUUAAAGAAUGCAGCAGUAGCUCCUUGCCUGAAGUGUAUGAGGGCACACUGCUCAGUUUCCUGCUUUAGGAAGUAGACUUUUGAGACAUUACUUGAGCAAUGAAACCUUUAAAAACAUGUUAUUUCAUACAACACAGCAGAAUCAGCAGCCUAUGAUAACUUUGUUUUCUGUCAUAAAGUUGUUAAUUGCAACAUUGUACUUUCAUGACACGUAGGAACACUUCAACAUAUUGACACCAGAGAAAGUCAGACUUUUCCAUUAACCAUUCCAGAAACUCUUUGAAAAGCCAUCCUAUUCCCACACUAAACUGACUUCCUAGUUCAGAAAAAUAUCCAUUUAUCAGAUCUGAACAUGGGUAGACAUUCCAGUGAAACCAAAGCAUUUGGAACAAUUCGAGGCUGUCUCUGUAUUUUUUAUUUACUGGGAAGGAAGGUCUGGGUGCUCGAGUGGGAGGCGUUUGGGUGGAUGGCUGUUGGGAACAUGUUGGACUCAGCUGUGCUCCUGGGGAGAUGUCAGUGCGUGAAACCAGCUCCUGAGAACAACAAAUAGAAGUUCCCGUUUUGCAAACGGGAACAGCGCUCCGACACGACGCCUCUCCCCGGCACCAGAAAUGCACUGACAGAUUGCUUGGGGGAAGAGAGAGACAGGGAGAAUAACAGAGAGCUGCUUUGCUACCUUCCACAGGAAAGGACCAUGGGAUGCUCUCUAAGGAUCUCCUCUUGGAAAUGACCCAGCAGUCUCAUCCUUGAGACAAAAAUGUCUUUUCACCUCUUUUCACUCUGUUCUCAGAAUACAAUACAGAUUCGGGUGUAAGCUUUAGGGGAAUUGAUGGUUGCUAAAUAUUGGGAAAGCCUCUGGUGGCUUCCAAAAGUUUAAUGUUCAGUUAUCUCAAAGAAUAUUAAGUUCUUUGACUGACCAUGAGCCCUUCCAUAAUGUCAUUCUGGUGCCUUACUCUCCAUGUACAAUGAGUCCCUUAGAUGUGGGACUGGCAAAAAUUAUCCCAUGUACAUCCCCAAAUAUAGGGAUGGAAUAUAUUACUUUACCUCAUUCGACUUUCCUCUGCUUCCUAAAGCACUUUGAGCAUUUGUAUUCUCUUGAGCAAUCAUCAGCUAGAACAACCAACAUCUUCCAAAUGUCCAGAAAAUGCACAGCUCUGCUUUAAAUCCAGUGCUGCUUAGGGAUUCAGGGUGAGUGACACAGCUGAGCUCUAGAAGACUUUGGUUCUCAGGAAGAAAGCAAAACACAGGAACAAUUAAGAUGUUUGCAACUGUAUUUCUCCUAUUAUGCUUGUACAGUAUCAAAAAAGUUCAAGACUGUCAGACUAAGAAUGUAAUGUAUCUAUUACAUUUUUCUUUUAAUUGUAUGGAAUGGUUGGUUCCAUUGCGUUCAUCUGUUUGGGUUCUCUUAAAUGCAAGGUAAGUUUCCUAUUAUGAAAGAAAAUGAGUUUACCAAGCAGACUGGGAUUUCCAGGCACUGCUCCACUAUAAUUCACUGUAACUGAGCAUUAAUCAUGAUUAAUAAUCUAUUAUUCCUGUGGUUUAGGAAAAUAAAAAGGAGUACUUUAUUGAGAAA